UGUCACACUGCCACAUGUAAAUGAGGCACAAGGUUGCCUCUUCACUUACUCCCUAUUUUACCACUUCCUCUGAUAACGAUGGCGGUUUCCCUUAUGCCCGACGACUACACCAUCGCGUGGAUCUGUGCCUUGCCUCUGGAAGCGACAGCGGCCUGCGCCAUGCUCGACAGGAUCCACAUCCCACCUCGAUGGCCUACCUCCGAUCCCAACGCCUACGAAUUUGGCGAACUAAGCGGGCAUUACAUAGUCAUUGCCCACCUUCCAGAUGGCGUAUAUGGUAAAGUGUCUGCCGCAGCCGUCAUGUCUCGCAUGCGUUCAACGUUUCGUCGACUUGAUUUUGGUGUGAUGGUGGGAAUUGGAGGAGGAGUCCCGGAAGGGAAAAAUAAUAUUUGAUUAGGUGACAUCAUUAUCAGUAAACCAGGUCCAAACCAUAAUGGGGUCAUACAGUACGAUUACGGAAAGUCGGUUCACGGCGGGGAAUUUAAGCAAACAAGCAUCUUAAAUAAGCC